CAUGUCCCCAUAACUUUUUCAGCUCUCAGCCUAAAUUAAAUGCAUCUUUACCAUUAUUCUGACUCCAGAAACAGUGAGAAUGGGCUGAGAACUGGAAAUCAUAUAGCAAUGAAGUGACCUCACAAAGAAUAACCCUAUCCUUUUCACUAGCAACAGACUAAUGUGGAUUAUGUGUGUUUUAUGGAGCAUUAAUUAUGCCCAUGUUUGAGAAGAAAUAUGAAAAGAGGGUAUUGACUUACAUUUCAGAAUCACCAAGAAAUGGGGACCUGGAUUUUGUUUGCCUGCCUCCUGGGAGCAGCUUUCGCCAUGCCCCUACCACCUCAUCCUGGGCACCCUGGUUAUAUCAACUUCAGCUAUGAGGUGCUUACCCCUUUGAAGUGGUACCAGAGCAUGAUAAGGCCACCGUACCCUUCCUAUGGUUACGAGCCCAUGGGUGGAUGGCUGCACCACCAAAUCAUCCCCGUGCUGUCCCAACAGCACCCCCAGACUCACACCCUGCAGCCUCAUCACCACAUCCCAGUGGUGCCAGCUCAGCAGCCCGUGGUCCCCCAGCAACCAAUGAUGCCCGUUCCUGGCCAACACUCCAUGACUCCAACCCAUCACCACCAGCCAAACCUCCCUCCGCCCGCCCAGCAGCCCUUCCAGCCCCAGCCCGUUCAGCCGCAGCCUCACCAGCCCAUGCAGCCCAUGCAGCCCAUGCAGCCCAUGCAGCCCCAGCCACCUCUGCACCCCAUGCAGCCCCUGCCGCCACAGCCACAUCUGCCUCCGCUGUUCCCCAUGCAGCCCCUGCCGCCCAUGCUUCCCGACCUGCCUCUGGAAGCUUGGCCAGCAACAGACAAGACCAAGCGGGAGGAAGUGGUGAGUAUGCCUUGAAGCCACUACAAUACAAAUCUUGUGGAAAUGGGGCAGCAAACCUGGCCCCAGAGCUCUAAGGUCUCAGACAACCCAGGGUCUAGAGUUGCAGUAGCUAUAGGUCUAUGAUUCUAUUAGUCAGCAAACUCAAAUAAUGAUAUAGUCAGCAAACAUUGAAAUAAAGCUGUCACUAAAAAAAAUUCACAAAAGAGAGAACUCAUAGGCUGCUGUAAUACAAAAAUCUGCAUUUUAACAUCUAUAGCUGUGUAUGCAUGUGUUAUACUUUUAUAUUAUAAACAAAUUUAUCUACAUGUCUUAGUAAUUAAGACCACAGUUUUCAUAGUGGUUUUAAGUUCUACCAUUAUUGAAUUUCUACUAGAAUAUAUAUUACUAAAAUGCAUUAAUUUUAAAGGCAACAGAAUAAAGGAGUAUCAGUUCUGUUAUUUCAAAGGUUUGACUAGCAAGAAUUAGGCUAGAAUCGCACUGAGGAUAAAAAGGGGGAGUAAUUUUUGAGAGUGAAGGGGUGCAAAUAUUUGAACAAGCUACCAAAGGUAGGUGGGAAAUCUCAUUUAAAAACCUAAUGGAAGAUUACCUGUCUCCAGUGGCUUUCAAUCUAAGUUGGAGGAGGCUAAACUAAACAGGCUGUUAGAUUCUUUUUCAGUGCUGAGAUCAUAUAGAUUAAGCUUUUAGCAAGAAGUUACCAUGAAUAAGCACAAAAUCUUCUUCUGUUGCCAGAAGCUCUUACAAAUGAACGGGAAUAGUCAACAAAAUGACCCUUAUCCACAUCCAUAAACUCUCACUUCUGUGUACGUGAGAUUAUGUGAUUCUACCAUGUAU